CAUGGCCAGUCCAAGAACCAGGAAAGUUCUUAAAGAAGUCAGAGUGCAAGAUGAGAACAACGUUUGUUUUGAGUGUGGCGCAUUCAACCCUCAGUGGGUGAGUGUGAGCUACGGCAUCUGGAUCUGCCUGGAGUGCUCCGGGAGACACCGCGGCCUCGGAGUGCACCUCAGCUUUGUGCGCUCCGUUACGAUGGACAAAUGGAAAGACAUCGAGCUGGAGAAAAUGAAGGCUGGUGGGAAUGCCAAAUUCCGAGAGUUCUUGGAGGCACAGGAGGAUUACGAUCCUGACUGGUCCCUGCAGGACAAGUACAACAGCAGGGCUGCAGCACUCUUCAGGGAUAAGGUGGCCACGCUGGCUGAAGGUAGAGAGUGGUCUCUGGAGUCAUCACCUGCCCAGAACUGGACCCCACCACAGCCCAAGAUGCUGUCAUCCACUGCCCACAGGCCUACCGGCCAGUCUCAGCACGUGAGCGCCUCUGGGGACAAGGCCUUCGAGGACUGGCUGAACGACGACCUCAAGUCCUAUCAAGGGGCCCAGGAGAAUCGCUACGUGGGGUUUGGGAACACUGUGCCACCUCAGAAAAGAGAAGAUGACUUCCUCAACAAUGCCAUGUCAUCGCUGUACUCGGGUUGGAGUAGCUUUACCACUGGAGCCAGCAAGUUUGCUUCUGCAGCCAAGGAAGGUGCUACAAAAUUUGGAUCACAAGCAAGUCAAAAGGCUUCAGAGUUGGGCCACAGCCUGAACGAGAAUGUCCUCAAGCCUGCUCAGGAGAAGGUGAAGGAGGGAAGGAUUUUUGAUGAUGUGUCCAGUGGGGUCUCUCAGUUGGCAUCCAAGGUUCAGGGAGUUGGCAGUAAAGGAUGGCGGGAUGUCACCACCUUCUUUGCUGGGAAGGCAGAUGAUCCCUUGGAUAGGCCCCUGGAGGGCCAGAGCUACCAGAACAGUGGCGGGGACGGCUUCCAGAACAGCGCCAUAGACCAGAGCUUCUGGGAGACCUUUGGGAGCACCGAGCCCAUGAAGACCAAGUCGCCCAGCAGCGAGAGCUGGACCUGUGCGGACGCCUCAGCAGGGCGGAGGAGCUCGGACAGCUGGGAGGUGUGGGGCUCGGGCUCUGCGUCCAACAACAAGAACAGCAACAGCGACGGCUGGGAGAGCUGGGAGCCCAGCGGGGAGGGCAGGGCCAAGGCCGGCAAGCCAGCCGCGCCGUCCACAGCUGCCGACGAGGGCUGGGACAACCAGAACUGGUAGGCCCCCUCUGCCCGGCCCAGCCAUUGGGGCGACUGGUCUGUUUGCACUUUGCCCUUGUUCCUCUUCCCAUUAAUCCAAAAGCAGCGACCUCGGUGAGAAGACGGGAGGACUCAGUGUGCGGCGCUGCCCCAGGGCCCCGCGGAGCGCGCCACCCGCCGUGCUGU